AUGGCUUCGAAGGAAUCGGAAAAAUCGUUGAAUCGUUUUCUUAAAAAUUUUUUACGCUUCUCCAAACCUGGCAAUGUGUCGAGUUCUCGCAAUGAUUUGCCAAUAUCGCCGGAGUUAGAACGCGAGCUACGUCCGGAAACGCCAAUAACACAGCGAUGCAAAGCCUUGAGAGAUUUUGGCGAACAGGUUAUGCUGUCGCGCCUCGAACCGGAUGCGGUGCAGUCGCUGUGGGAGCUCACGAAGGAUUUGCUCGUUGGGAACAAGCUGAUGGAACAGCGACAGUGCGCCCUCGCUUUCUAUUGCAAGCUUAUUCAGGGACAGUACGACAGCCUGGGGUUAAUGCGAGCUCAGUUCUAUCGCGUGAUCGAGAGCCACAACGAACCGGAGGACAUUUGCUACCGGCUGGAUAUGCUGAAGUACCUCACCGAGACGGGCAAAAAUAUUCAGCACUUCGAGCGGGAGAUCGGUCCGUUUCUGCUCGAAUGGAUCAAACCGAUUCACGAAGCGGGCCUGAUCGAUCCGCUGCUGGAGCUGAUUGUCAACCUGAUCAAGUACAACGCGGCCAGUCUGGAACCGAAAUUUCUCGUUGGCGUCGUGUCGUAUAUUUUCGACAUGACGUGCAACAAACAGGAGACGGCCACGAUACUGCUCUGCCUGUCCGUGUUGGAUUGUUUCAUUUGUUACGCGAUCAUACCGAACGAAUCGCUUAUGCUGUUUAUCAUCAUACUGUGCCGGGUGGUCAAUCAGGAGGUGUACUGCCAGCCGUCGUGGAAGAUCAUGAAGAAUCUCUUCGGAACAGCGCUGGGACACGCGACGCUGUUGACGAUGUGUAACAUAUUGAAUAACCCGGCCUUUCAUCAAGACGAUGCCUUGCUCCGGGGAGCCAUUUUCCACACAAACGUUGGCUUGUGGGGGGUUGGCGUCGUGCCGAUACUCCGUUCGCCUUCGCUGGUGCUUACAAGCUUUUGGAAUGCGCUUAAAAGCAGACACGUGAUUGUGACGUACGAGGUGAUCUUGAGCAUAAACCGGCUAAUACAGCGAUCCGGCAGCGAGCUGAAUGAACCUACGUGGGACAUCAUCUACGACAUUAUGACGGAGAUUUCACACAAUCUCGCCAUACACCGGUUGCCACCGGAACACGACGUGCUGGCACAGUUCCACGAUACGCUCAACAUGAUGGAAUCGAUGCUGCAACAGGGCACCAUGAACGCUGAUCCGGAGAAAGUAUACGCGUUGAUCGAACACGUGUCUGCCGAACGUCCGGAAGCUUCGGUCAAGCAGCUGAUCGAUUACCGGGCGAGCAAGAUCUCAGCCACUCGUUCGGAAUGGCUCAAACAGUUGUGCCUGUUCAUGGACCGGUUUUACCGCAUGAAAAACAGCAACAUUAGGAUCUACGCGGUGCAGGCGCUCGAGCGAAUCAUGGCCGCCAAUCGUGCCGCUUACGAGGACGAAAUUUUGGAGCGGAUCGUAAUCGUGCAUUUGGGAAACGUGCCGUUGGAAAAGGACUGCGAGGUGCGAAAGGCCGUCGCACGAACGCUGAUCGAGUUCACGAUUCACUGCGAAACGAAGCGUUGUAUCGAGUUGUUGGAAAUCGUGGAGAAGCUGUUGCACCGACCGUACGAGGAGAACCUGGUUGUGAGGUCGGAGCAGGAGAUUGAGGACAUCGUGCUGCUGGUGGACGGGUUGAUACGGUUGUUCAUCGUAAAGCUGUACCGGCUGCCGUCGUUGCAUGCUAUUCGUGUGUACAGCAUGCUUAUUGGGUUUCUGGAGCUGCACUAUCAGCGGCCACACGUGCUGAGCAACGUCACAACUGUGCGGUAUCGAAUUUUCGCCUGGAUGAUGAAGGCACGUGCCAACGGAUCAUUUCACAUCGGAUACCCCGAUCCGGAGGAUGGCAAUCGGGUGCGUUUUUCGCACUACCUAGGCAUAGAGGGACCAUAUCAGCACCAGAGCUUACAACCGCAGCCGUAUUUGUCCAGCCAGUCCUCGAGCCAGCUCAACUUGAGCGCUCCAGCCACCGGCACGGAGGUCGGUUCGAAGGUGAUGGAUCGCAUCCCGGCCACCAACCUGACGACGAUCUCCAUCAAACGCGGCUGCCAGGUGAUCGUGCUGUGCCUGAAGGAGGAAAAAGACUGGGAAGUGAUACAGUUCGUGCUGACCGAGCUGCCGAGCGUGAUGCAGAACAAGGCGCUGAUUCAGGGCAACGAUGUUGAUUCGCUUGCCCGCACGCUGUACCGCAUGUACACGGACAAGAUGCAGCUGGAAAAGUUGCACGUACCGCCGAACAUGCACCCGAAGAUGUCGGACUACAUGGAGCUGAUAUUGCCAGCCCUGUCCAGUUUGGCGAUGUACCACCAGCAUCUCGAUAUCAACACGCAGAAGAACAUCAUCGACGCGCUAAAGCAGGGACUGAUUUCACGUCGUCCGCACGAAAGCAUCCGCACACUGACGAUUCUGCUGCUCGAAAUGCCGGAACAGCUGAUGCCGAAGAUGGCCGAUUUGCUGCUCGAACUGAGCAAGAUGACCGGCACAAAGAUGGUGGCCCUGCCGGUGCUGGAGUUUCUUUCGACGCUUAUCCUGGUGCCGAGCUUCCGGUUCGGUAACUUCACCAUGCGCACGUACAUGUGCGUGAUGGCCAUGACGCUGCCCUUCACGAACCCGUUCCGGUACGACCACUACACGGUUUCGCUGGCACACUACGUCGUGGCGGCGUGGUUCAUCAAGUGCAAAUUACCCUUGCGCAAUCAGCUGGUGAAGUUCAUCGUCCAGGGGCUCGAAUCGUACGUGCACGUGCCGUUCCAGGACGGUUCGCGAUCGUUCUCGCAGGUGAACGAAGAUUCGUCGGAGCGGAAACGUAGCUCCAGCCUCACCGAGCAAAGCUCAAGACGGCGUGAUCGCAUCCAGCAGCAAACCCAACAGCAGAAGCAAUCGCAACAGCAAGGACAAAAGGCGGCCAUAGUUGGCCCACCCGGAACGGUACCGGUCUCGACGGCUGGUUCCGUUGUGCAAUCCUCAUCAUCUGCUCAGCUGCCUGCGCAGAAGGUUUACUCGAUCGCACCACCGCUUAACGACGACAUGUAUCGGUUUCACAGCGAGCUGGCGGAAACGUGCGUCGAUUUCAUUGCACGCCACGCGUAUUCACCGUGCUCCGGAAUCUCGAAACGGUUGCCUUCCGCCGAGUUUCUCCUAUCUGGCGGGCAGUCAUUAACGUGGUUGGUGGGACACAAUCUAAUCACCAUCACAACGAGCGGUUGUUCGGGUGUAAACUUCCGGAACGGGCUGUGCGAUCGGUGCCAUCAGUUUUGCCAGACAAACGGUAGCGCCAAUGCUGACCUAAUCGGUCCCAAAAUAAGCUCUCAUCACCAGCAGCCACAACUCCAUCAAGCACCGAAAUCCAGCAGCAACAACGCUAAUACCUUGGCCAUAACGAACACGGUCGGUGGUGGACAGCCGCUUUCACCGGAACCAUCGCUCAACAGUGCGUCGUCCGGAAAGGACUCCGGGUUGUCCGGUGUCGGACCGGGGUUGGACGGUGGUGGCGCUGGUGCUAGCAAAACGUUCCUUCCCUUUGAUGGCGGGGUGCUACCGCCGGUGCCACCCGCGGUCGUGUCGACGGCGAAUAAAAGGUAUACCAAAGCCAGUUUGCAACACAGUAGUGCAAACGAAUCCGAUAGCACUGAUCUGACGACAUCAAGCUCUACGUCGUCCUCGGCCGCAGCAACACCCUUCCCAACGGCACCACACUCCGCCCAUGGUCACGUGGCCAGCGGUAGUUUGUCGGCAUCCGGUGCCACCGUUGCCGGUAAUCGAUUCUUCCGCCAAGGCUCACAGGAAGGCUACUCGUCCGGUUCACUUGAGGCGUUGUCUCGCCGUGGCAGCAAUCCCGAUUCGGUGGAUCCUGGCAUUGGUCCGGGUGGUAUGGGAGGGUCAGGCGCAGGAGAACAUGCUCUACAGCGCACCAGCUCUAUGGUUCAACCACGUGGACCGCCUGGUUUGAUGACCACGAUCGGGAAUCGUUUGAUAUUGCCUCAGCAGUUGAGCAGCUCAAUGACCGGGGCAUCGUCGUCCUCGUCGGGUAUCGGAUUCGACAAACCGGUGCAACCGUGCUCCUGCCUGUGUACCGGUUGGGCGGAAGUAAGCGUCCGCCGACCAACCGGUUAUACGUCGUGGAUUAUGCGCAUCCAGAGCCAAGUUUCACACGACAUUCUCGGUGGCGAUGUGGGGCUGCAGGACCUUUCGUCGCUUUUCUCGCCCAGUAUUGGCGGUGGUGUGGUUGGAGCGGAUUUCUUUAACCACAGUGCCGUAGGACAGGCGGCGUAUUCGUCCGAUGGGACCACACCGUUUGGAAGCAGUGUGGAUAUUCCCUCCACGGCUGGUCCACAAUCGUUUAUCGCGGGUGCUGAAGCGGUCCCGCCAUAUCCGGAUGGCACGGAAUUGACGAAUCCUCUAGCAGUCGCAGCAAUCGGCAACACCGUUCAAUCGUUGGCUGGUGGCCAACAGCCUCGAGCGAAAGUGUCCAUUUCGGAUGAGGUGUUUGAAAUGGCGCGGAAGAACGAUUCGAAGAAGAAACCAUCGGUCGAGGAGGAACACGAGCAGAGCGAGGACGAGGAGCUUAAGCAUGUGAUGGCAGGUGGGGUGGAGGGUGCACCUCUCAGCGGCGGUGGUUCGGGGCCAAUCAACAUUCCCGGCAAGCAACCGGCGGCAUCCGAUGACGAGGAGGACGAUGAUGAUGAGGACGACGAGGAUGAGGAUGAGGACAGUGAUGAAGAUGGGCGCAGAGGACGAUACGACGGUGGUGGGGAUGGAGUGAUGUUCGACGAUGUGGAGGGGCGGUCCCGAAAACCAGUACGGCGGGUUAAUUCGAGCCCGGAAAUGCGCACGAAAUGGAAUCCGCAAUAUUUGGCGAAAGCGAAAGAGAAGGAGGGUUCGGUGUCGGACGCGGCGGUUGGUGGUCAGACGAUGGUUAGUGACCCGGCGGGGAUGGUUACGGCACCGGUGGCUGUGACGACCACCAUUGGAGGUGGCCAAGUGCUGGAAAGCGGAGCGGUGAUCGAGAAGAAAAAGUCGACCUACGGAAAGGGCGUAAGUUGUGAGGCGAUUCCUGAGGAAAUUGCUGGUUCUACACCACCACCACCAAGUGCACUACGAUCGCAAAGCCAUGAGGCCGAACCGACCCAUUCUACCGCUGCCCCACCACCACCUACGGUGCGUGGAACGGCGAUGGCCAAGCAUCAGUCUGAAUUCAGCGCCACAAAAACGGCAGCCAUCACUACUUCGCUGCCGGAAUCGAAUACCCUCGAACCGGUGUCCACCUCGAUGGUGAUCCCACGGAAACAACACUCGGCGGAUGAUGCUACGCUGGCCUCCCGUAACCUCACUGAUGGUGGAGUCGUCUCGAACGAAGGCAUCAAUCUCAACGCGGGAUCAAUCAAUAGCGGGAUGACGACGUCAAGUGCCAGUACGAUCGCACCGAUCCAGCAAACCUCGUCUUCGUCCGCGCUUAGUCUUAAGCUACCCCCCGAGAAGGUGACGAGCAAGCCACCACAAUCUCCGGUGCCACUUUCGCCUCGGUUGCUCGCACGUAACACCGCCAACCUGAAACAAUCGAGCUCGGGUACGGCUUCACCAUCCUUUCCGGCGAUGGGUGGCGGUAUGGGUGCCAUGGGCAUUGGCUUGGGGUUGAUGGGAUACGACUACGAUCUGCCACGUGGUCGCUCGAAGACAAUCUCGACCGUGCGCGAACACUACGCACGUGAACUCGCGAAAUUAAACGCUGCAAACGCGGGAACCGUGGCGAAUGUACCGCGAAUCCAGCGUAACGAGUAUAUCCCCCGGUCCGUGAUCAGUCCGAGCUUCGUGUUCCUGCAGCUGUACCAUCACGGUCAGUUCGGACCCGAGUGUCCCGUGCUGAUGGACAAGGAUCCGGAGAAGGCGAUCGGAUUGCUCGAUCUGAUACCACCGUUCGAGAUGCACAAGAUCGGGGUGCUGUACGUGGGACCCGGCCAGGCAGGAAACGAGACGGAGAUACUGAAGAACCGGUACGGUAGCCUGCGGUACGCCGAGUUUCUCAGCAGCCUCGGUACGCUGGUUGCGAUCAAGGACGCCAAAGAGAAGAACAUUUUCAUCGAUCUCGAGAGCAACGGCAAGGAUGGUGCGUUCACGUACAUCUACCAGGACGACAUCGUGCAGCUGACGUUUCACGUCGCGACGUUGAUGCCAAACAAACGCCAGGAUCCGCACUGCAACGAGAAGAAGAAGCACAUCGGUAACGAUUUCGUCACGAUCGUGUACAAUGAGAGCGGCGAGGAGUAUGAUUUGAAAACCAUCAAGGGCCAGUAUAACUACGCGUGCGUGAUUGUGGAACCCAUCGAGCUGAGCAGCAAUCGGGUUUUCAUCCGCUCGAAGGACGAUCUCGCGCAGCACGUGACACGCGAUACGAAGAUCGUCUCCGAUCACACCGCACCGUUGCUGGCCCGGCAGAUGGCGCUGCAUGCGAACUUGGCAUCGUUGGUUGCGCAAUCGUUGAAAACGAAGAAUUCUAGCCCGUACGCUUCCAACUGGCUCGAGCGGCUGCGCAAGAUCAAAAACAUCCGGCUGCGUUACGGGCAGCAGCAGGCCGAGGAUCAGCAGAAGCAACAGCAGCAACCGUUUCAGCAGCAGGGUGGCUCGGCGAACGAUCUCAGUUCUGCCACCGGCUACGCAUCCAGCUUCCGCGUGGACGACUUCUCCAAAUACACCGUCUGAGUGGCAUUCGCAGAACAGUUGUUAUAUGUAUAUUCCUAUUUUGUUUUUUUUUUUAUUUCUUUAAUUGGAAUUCUCUCUCACACAUUAUCUCUGAGCUCAUAUUUGAACACUUUAUUAUCGCAAUUUGUUACCGUACGCAGGGCGGUGUUACGCCCUUUUUUUCGCGUCUGUUCUGUUUUCUGCUCGCGUACCUCUUUGCUAGCGUGAUACUGCAUCGUUAUGAGCUGCAAUUGGCAAAUAAGGGCACGCGCGCGGGCCAUCCCGCUGUUUCCGAUGAAGCAUUGCAUUCAGUCACCAUCGCUUUCGUUAUCUAGAACAAGUUUUAAUGAAUUCAAACGGAAUUAAAUCCCCCUUUUUUGUGCUCCUUUAAACCCCCUUCGCCGAUGGUUCCGCGUUACAUCAAUUCCAUGCACCAUCAGUCCGGUUCGAUACCGUCAAUGGUCCCUUACCAUCCCUUCACGGCUUAACAAAAAAAACAACCCGCCCUUUUUCCCAAAACAGCGCCGAACGAAUGAGAACAAAGCAUGAGCUAGAGAUGCAGCGAACUGCAGCUGAUGACAUAAUAUCAAUAAUGUUUGCAUACUUGUUAUCGUACAAAUAGUA